GGGAAUUCAGUGUAUAUCGAGGGCAUAUUCUCGUUUUACAUGGACAAAGGUAAUUUAUGUGUUCUCCAGACCCCCCGGGUCCGCAAGGCCGGGUCGGAUCUCCACCGAUGCAGAGGCCCACUUUUAGCGAAGGAACCCGGGACCGGGCUUCGGUGGCACGCCAAAUUUUUGGUGCCGUUCAAAGCACUGCGACUCCGGCAAUCCACCACGCCCACAUCCAACACUUCCGAAUCCCGAGCCCCUAAAUCAAUUGACCGACGAGACGACUCAUUAAAGCGCCGUUCCAUUGUCUUCCGGCCUCCACACCUCUGGGCGCAACCUCCCGGAAACCAAGCUGCCCACCAUGGCACAAACCGCAACCAGCGCAGCCAAAACGGCAGCUAGGACCUUUCGAGAGCUCCAUGGCGUAGUGAUAACCGCGGGGUUGAUGGAUAAAACGGUGAAGGUGCGGGUGGGCGGGCUAAAAUGGAAUAACUUUCUCAAAAAGUUCUUCAAAGACCCCAAAACCCACCUUGUCCACGACCCCAACAACUCCCUCCGCCUCGGCGACGUCGUCGCCAUCACCCCCGGCUGGCGCGUCUCCAAGGACAAGCGGCACGUGGUUAAGCACAUCAUCGCGCCCGGGUCGGGCGUGCCCAUCCAAGCCCGCGCGCCGAUCCCGACCGAGGCGGAGCGGAUCGCCGAGCGCGAGGCCCAGCGGGCGGUCAAGGACGAGCGGCGCAGCAUCAACAAGAUGGCGGAGCGGGUCCAGAACCAGAUGGGCGUUACCGAGCUGUUACUGAGGAAGGCGAAGAAGGAGUUUGCGCUACGCGCGAGGUUAAUGGGGCUUAGUUUCGAGGGGAAAGAGGCUGGAGAUGCCGCGGCGGAGGCGCGACAAUGAGGGCACGUUGAGGGGUACGCGAGAUGAGGGUGUGGAUAUUCCGGGUGCGUUUCGUCCAGAAGGAUGGAAACGAUAACUGUGUACAAAACCGAGGGGGCAGAGGGCCCCACGUAUCUGUAUCAACAGGCCAUAUCGCAGGGCAAAAAUACCAUUGCCGAGUGUUUAGUUGGAGAAUCUCAUUCACUAGACCUCCUGCGAAACUCUUACUCAUGUAGGAGGAACAAAACUU